UAUACUCAUACACUUGAGGCUGAAGGACAUAGAGGACGGAAGGCAGCAGCUGCGUGACUGUGUGUGUGUCCAGUAUAUGUCUCUCUAUGCUUACGUACAGGACUGCAGAUCCCUGAAAAAAAAAGUGAUUAACAGUUCUCAAGAUGGCAGAAGCUCACCAGGCAGUAGCCUUCCAGUUUACCGUAACCCCUGAUGGAGUAGAUCUACAGUUGGGACGCGAUGUUCUGCGACAUCUCUACCUGUCUGGCCUGAUCGCCUGUAGAAAACGCUUCAUCACACUUAAGAGCUCAGUACUAAGUGGAGUAUAUCCUGCCAGCCCUUCCACGUGGUUUGCUGUGGUAGCUGUGACUCUUGGCUCCCUAUAUGGAAAGGUGGAUGUGUCACUUGGACUCAUUACCAAGAUCAGCAGCCUUGUACCUGGAAAGUCUGUUCUGUCUCCUGUUUCUCGCACUGUGGUCAGUGCUAUUGUCUUCUCAUCAGGAGUCUGGGUCUCUGGGAUCCUGCUUUAUCGCCAGAUCCUACGCACUCUCCUAUCAUACCAUGGCUGGAUGUUUGAGCCACAUGGGAAAAGAAGUUUGAAAACCAAGCUUUGGGGGGGCUGCAUGAAGAUAAUGGCCAGUCGGCAGCCGAUGCUCUACAGUUUCCAGAUGUCUCUCCCAAGAUUGCCAGUGCCACGACUAGAGGACACAAUAGAGAGGUACCUGCAGUCAGUGCAGUCAUUGUUGGAUGAGGAGAAUUAUAACCGCAUGAAGGGUCUGGCUGAGGAGUUCCGGAAAGAUUUAGGACGCAAGUUACAGAAAUAUCUACAUCUCAAGUCUUGGUGGGCAACAAAUUAUGUCAGUGACUGGUGGGAGGAAUACAUUUACCUGCGAGGCAGAGGACCAAUAAUGGUGAACAGCAACUACUAUGCAAUGGAUUUCCUAUCUAUAAACCCAUCCACCAACCAAGCAGCACGGGCGGGAAAUGCCAUUCAUGCCAUACUUCUUUACCGCAGAAAGCUUGAAAGGGGUCUAAUACCACCAGUCAUGGCUCUUGGCAUUGUCCCCAUGUGCUCAUAUCAGAUGGAGAGGAUGUUUAAUACUACACGGAUUCCAGGAGUGGAGACAGAUCACCUCCAGCACCUGGUUGAGAGUCGCCAUGUGUGUGUGUAUCACAAGGGGCGUUACUACAGGCUAUGUCUGUAUGAUGACAGGACCUUACUCAGCCCACGCCAGCUGCAGUUACAGAUUCAGCGUAUUCUGGAUGACACCAGCCCAGCACAGCCAGGAGAAGAGAAGCUGGCAGCACUCACAGCAGGGGACCGGGUCUCCUGGGCUAAGGCUCGUGCUAACUUCUUCAGCCAUGGCGCAAAUCGUGUCUCACUAAGCUCUAUUGAACGGGGAGUCUUCUUUGUCAGCCUGGACGCUGAAGCAGGAGGGUACCAUGAGGGUGACAAGAACUCUCUAAGUGUGUAUGCCAAGUCUCUGUUACAUGGAAACUGCUACAACAGGUGGUUUGAUAAAUCAUUCAAUCUAGUUGUGUUCAGUAACGGGAGGCUGGGUCUGAAUGCUGAGCAUUCCUGGGCGGACGCACCAGUCAUUGGCCACUUGUGGGAGUUCAUGUUGGCUACUGACUGCUUUGAAUUGGGAUACACAGAGGAUGGGAACUGCUGUGGAGAUCCUGGCCUCUCCUUUCCACCCCCAUACAGAUUACAGUGGGAUAUUCCGCCACAGUGCCGUGACGUCAUUGAGUCCUCCUACUUCACAGCCAAGACACUCGCAGAUGAUGUGGAUUUUCACUGCCUCCGAUUCACAGACUUUGGGAAAGGGCUCAUCAAGAAGUGCAGAAGCAGCCCUGACGCCUUCCUACAGAUUGCCCUACAGCUGGCUCACUACAGGGAUAAGGGUCACUUCUGCCUGACAUAUGAAGCUUCCAUGACUCGUCUUUUCCGCGAAGGUCGGACAGAAACUGUGAGAUCGUGCACCACCCAGUCCUGUGAAUUUGUGAAAGCCAUGGAGGAUCCCAAUCAAAGUAGGGAUAAUCGCCUGGCCCUAUACAGAGCAGCGGCAGAGCGGCACCAGCUAAUGUAUCGUUUAGCAAUGACAGGGAAGGGUAUUGACCGUCACAUCUUCUGCCUGUAUCUUGUAUCCAAGUAUCUGGGAACAGAGUCUCCCUUCCUUCAGCAGGUGCUGUCCGAACCCUGGCGACUCUCCACCUCACAAACUCCACAACAGCAGCUAAAAUUAUUUGAUUUGGAGCAAUUUCCAGACCACAUAUCUGCCGGAGGGGGAUUUGGACCCGUGGCGGAUGAUGGGUACGGUGUCUCCUACAUCUUUGCUGGGGAGAAUGUCAUCACUCUGCACAUUUCCAGCAAAUUCUCCAGCCCGGAGACGAAUUCUCACCGUUUCGGUCAAAGGAUCUGUCAGUCUAUGCGUGAUUUGGCUCAGCUCCUCACUCUCAGUCCUCGGGGUGAACGCUGACACCCAGCCACUGCUGCGAGAUCACAUGAUGCAUCACAUAUCUUGUGUUACUUUCUAUUCACAGAAAGCCUAAUCUGUUUGUCAUAGAGAUUGUAAUUAUAGAACAAUUAUGUAUUGUCUUUCAUGUGUUAGUGAUAAAUUGAUCUGUACACUUGUGGCACAGGUACUGUACAACCAGUAUAUCAGUGGAUCUUGUACUUGCUCUGGAGAAAAACAAAUGGGAAUAUAUGUAAAUAAUGUUGUGUUACCCACUUAAUACACCAGUCCACCAAAUACAAUUUCUGAUUAUUUUCACAGUAUGUUUCCCAAUUCAUCCUUUGCCAAUAAACCCAAUGUUAUGUUAGUGA